AUGGUGGAGGCACUGGGAGGAUCUCGGCCAGGGGUUGACAGUCCCGCGACCAUUUUUCUCGAGGAGGAGGCGAUAGUGUAUGUGCAGUUCCUGCGGACCCACCACUUGGAUCUACCUCACACUCCUGGUUCGGAAAUGGAACCAACGCCAUAAAAUACAACAGAAAGAGAGCGCCAAUUAUCUGCAAUUUUUUUCGUGGGUUCGCCGUAGUUGUCGAGAUAUGGAGGAUUCAGUGGAGAAAAGUACCUUCGCUGGCGAUGGUAAUAGGUCCAUAACUCCUGAUCCAGAGCGAACCCACCGCUUUUGAAAGGCUUAUUAUUCGAAAGCUACUGGCGAGAGCUUUCGAACGCACAUUACAUUUGUUUGUCGCCCAAUUAUUUUGACAACCCUUUCAAAAAAAUCACCCCGCCCCAAAAAU